CUAUGCGACGCUCGUCCCUCCACCAGGUGUAGUCGGGUCACUGCUAGAAGGGAUCCAACUUUUGUCAAAUUAACGUAAAUAGGUAGUUUAAAAAAAAAAAACUUAACCUAACUAUCCUAACUUGCUCCGUAAAUUAUCCUAACCUGCUAUGAAAAGUCAAAUCUGAUGUUUUAAUUUGACAAAAGCUGGAUCCCGUCUAGCCGUUACCCUGGAAUCGACGCAAUGUUUGACGUAAUGCUCCCAUGUAGCCAGUUUUCAGCAAGGUACACAGCUUUCAACUCUGCACUGCGAGGAUUUAUCGAUAAGGGAGCCUAGCUAUAAUGUAAUGAAAGCUAAAUUAUAUCGUGUGAAUAAAUCGAUUAAUCACAAAGCGAAUUAAUGUUUUUAUAAUCGAGGGUGUUUAGCCAAUUACGUUACUAUUAGCUAGCUAAUCAUUCGCUUUCCCAGAGCUUUUCUACCUAGCCGCAGACUUUGAACUGUUACCUAACCUACCAGCUAAGUGAACCAAGUAGUGAAGGCUGAUACAGUCUCAGGAAGUGACAUGGCCAACCCUCUGAGGAGAGAGGUUAGACAGCUGUACAAGAAUCUACUGUAUCUGGGACGGGAAUACCCCCAAGGAGCAGACUACUUCAGGGAGCGUCUGAACAGUGCCUUUAUGAAGAACAAAGAUGUCACAGACCCUAAGGAGAUCAGAAAGCUUGUCGAGUGUGGAGAGGUUGUGAUUAAGGAACUGGGGACCCUGUACUAUCUGAGGGAAUAUAAAGCCAUGAAAAAGCGUUUCUACGAAGAAGAAUUGUUAGGCCUGCUGAAUAUAGGCAGACCGAUAGACUGAUAGCCUAGAUGUUUGGCAGCUGAAUCGUCAGUAUGCGGGUUGUUCCAUGAAUAGAGAACAUUUUGGGUUGUGUAUCCCAAAAAUAUUGAUUUCACCCAAUUUUAACAUUGUCAUAAAAAGCACGUUCCACUUUGUAAAAACAUACUUUUACAUCUCAAGGGCUUAAAUAAAACUAAUGAUUAGUAAGUGCCAUUAAAGUAACAGGGUUGACGUAACAGGUUUUCAUCUUAAAUCUGCCAUAAAUCCCCUGUCGACAGGGGGAAUGGGAACUUGUUAUGUGCAACAGGAAGGGGGAUUCGAAUGCAAGCUUCACAAAAAAUAAAAUGUUAAAAAUAAAA